GGACGAUAUCAGGACUCAGUUGAUGUUCGCGCGUCAACCUGUGACGUUACAAUGUUCCUACUUGUGUUUAUUGUCUGUGUGCUUGCUUCUGUAAACGCUUUUACUGAUCCAGCCGCAGAUUUACCGAGGUUUGGAAAACCACUCAACAAUCUCACCAUUUCAGUCGGCCGCGAGGCUAUUUUUACUUGCAUCGUCGAGAAUCUAGGUCCUUACAAGGUGGCGUGGCUUCGCGUGGACACGCAGACCAUCUUAACGAUUGCCAGUCACGUUAUCACCAAGAAUCACCGUAUUGCCGUAACGCACAGUGGUCACCGCACGUGGUCCCUCCACAUAAGAGAGACACGCGAGACCGACCGGGGGUGGUACAUGUGCCAGGUUAACACCGACCCGAUGUCCAGCAACACCGGGUUUUUAGAAGUUGUCGUACCUCCGGACAUACUGGACUACCCUACUAGCACGGACAUGGUAGUUCGGGAGGGAAGCAAUGUCACGUUAAGAUGCGCUGCUACAGGAACUCCCGAGCCGACUGUCACCUGGCGGAGGGAAGCCGGAGGGAUGAUCACACUUUCCAAUUGGCACGAAGUUCCUGUUCUAGAGGGUCCCGAGCUAAUAUUGACGCGAGUCACUCGUCUGCACAUGGGUCCCUACCUCUGUAUUGCUUCUAACGGCGUACCACCAACUGUUAGUAAACGAAUAGUCCUCAUCGUUCAUUUCGCACCGAUGAUUUGGAUCGAAAACCAGCUGAUAGGAGCUUACGAGGGGCAAACAUUAGUACUGGAGUGCCACAGUGAGGCUUACCCCCGGCCCAUUGUCUACUGGACGCGACCAAACAACGAAACAAUUGUUAACGAUAACAACUACAAGUCGGAAGUUACCGCCGAAGGCUAUGAGACUACUAUGAGGCUGAUGAUUAAAAAUGUACGGCUCCAGGAUUUCGGAUCGUUUCGGUGCAUUGCCACUAAUUCACUCGGAGAAAACGACGGAUGGAUUAAAGUUUAUAAAAUAGGAAAACCGUCGACGUCACGUAACACAAACUCACGUCGGGACUCGAAAAAAUGGAGCAUCGAUCACAAUAAAAAGAGUAGUAAAGACGAAUUAAUUCUAAAGGAAAUGAUGGAAGAGCUCGAAGAGGAAGGAAACGAAGAAAAUUCAAAAUCGUCAACAUCAGCUUGUGGUUAUCUUGAUGCGCUUACUCUCAUCGUCAUGCUUUUAAAUGUUUUCCCAAGAUUUACAACAACUACGUUGUCGUAGGUUGACGGUUUGUCUGCUGUCUGGAAUCCAGAUACUACAAUCAGUCUUUCUAUUCUCAUACUAUUUCCACCCCGUUCGGUGUUCACAUACAUUCUCAAUUCAGACGUCAUUUCACUGGUACUCGGUGUGAGUUAAUGCCAAUACCACUGUUGUCAUCGGAGCCAAGGUUUAAUUAAACUUUAACGUCUUUCGCUAGCGACUGUUUGUCAACAGCUAAAUAAAAUGACAACAAUCUUGUUGAAGAAAAAUAUCAACUGUUUCUAAUUCAGGAUUGUGAAAAAUAAUAUUUUGAUUUAGUUAAUUUUAUUUUUUAUCGGAAAAUUAUUAUACAUUGAU